CCGAAUAAACACAUUUGUGCUGUGUGCGAUUUUUGGCACACACAGUCAGCAGCAACUUUAUUGAAUUUUACGUGGGUGUGUUUAGUCCCAGACGUUCCGGUCAGGUAUGACUUUUGUUCGGUUCGGUGCGCAAAGAAAUUCGAAGACCAAAGGGUAAAAGAGAAGGUUGAAAUGGAAGAAAAAAAGAGAAAAAGACGUGCAAGAUUUGGUCUCGGAGAUAACGGUGAUAGUACUACUAAUUCUUCAACUAAUUACAAUUAA